CUUUACAGAGGAAGAUGAGUAAUGUGUGUCAAAAUAUUCGGCAUUUGCAUCUCUCCGUGAGGAAAAUGAAACUCAAAAGACUAUUGAUUAGUAGGAACAUAUGUUGGUGAACCCUCACAAACCAAAGAUGUCGGUUAAAAAGGACGUAAACCAGGGUCAACAGGCCCUUGAUUGUUGCACCACGGCUCAAACUAUGAUAGAUUUCACUGCCAAGAAAAUGAAAGGUCUCCGAACGAUAUGUUCGACAGUGGAAGAAAUCACACAGACGGAAAUUAGGGAGACUGAGGGCAAACUGAUCAGUCUCUUCAGCCAACAGCUGGUGGCCAAGUCCAAGGUCCACCCUGACAACAUGCCACCAGUACUGCAGGAGUACCCAAGAGUGCAACUCUUCUUAAACAUAUUAGGCAUAAAUAAAGAUGUCAUAGCGAUGGUAGCAUUAAAGCAGAUAUCCUUGGAGUCUUUACUUGAGAAAACAGAGGAGGAGGUUGAAAUAUUGCUGAAACGCCUUGGUGCUGAUGAUGAUCAAGUCUGCAGACUAAAUACUGCUUUACAAAAACUGAAAAUAUGCACAGAACACCAGUUACAAGGAGAAAAAAGUGAUGAGCUGAAUGUAGAACUGCAUUGGUCUUCUUAUCAUCCGAGUAGAUCAGUUUCAGGGAGUCCAUUUGGUGGCAGCUCACCAAAGUUACAAAGACCAUCCACUUCAUCCUUACCGCCUGAUGCAUUUUUUGGGACUUCCAGCAUUAUGCACGAUGACUCACCGCCUACACCGCCUGCAAGUGUGCCGUCAUCGCCGGGACCUCAUGCAGCAAAUCGUAGUCGGAAUCUUACACCGCCACCCACGCCAACGUUGGUCAAACCAAAAAAGGCACCGGCCACACCCCCACCUAAAAACAAGAUCCGUUUAUAUCCGGAUGGAUUUCCUCUCACCAAAAGUAAAUCUCACGAGUCUCAGUUAUUCAGUCGGAUUACAGAUCCAGAUGGGAUAAAAAACCUGUCCUUUCGACACAAAAAGAAGCCACAUGACCUGAAGCUGACUGGGAGCUAUGAGGCAUUAUUCAAGCGACGAUUAUCGGCCGAGGAGGGGCGUUCUGGUCAUACGUCACCACUUCAAUCACCUCUAUACAAACAUCAUGACCAAGCUAACUUGUCCGAUGACAAAGCUAGUAAGUUGGCCACUUAUACCUUGCCAGACGGUACUAAAAUUAGGAAAUGGAGCACUUCUAAUUUGCCCGAUGAGACAAAAAGUGGACUGUUGGUUCCAAAAUCUCCUAAAACGCCUUGUAGCAUGUCUCAUUUCAUCAAUCAUAGGUUUACUAACUCCUAUAAGAUCACCACGUGUGACUACUGCCAUAAACAGAUGUUCUUGGGCUACAAAUGCAAAGAAUGCAAAUUUGAGACAAAACUUGUGUUUGGUUCCUGUGAUUAUUGUCACAAACACGUCUUUGAAUUCCGUGGAAAAAUGUGUAAAUAUUGCAAAUUCAAGUGUCACAAGGACUGUGCCCCAAAGGUUGCUCCAGCGUGUGGCCUUCCUGAUAAAUAUGUUGAUGUCUUUCUGGACAGUUAUCUUAGGGAAGGUUCUCCUAGUGCCAGUCGGAAGACAUCCAAUACCAAUGCUCCCGGCAGUAACCUGAAGCCUGCACGUUCAGUGCCUGGUAUCUCUGCAUUCCCUGGAGAGUCAAGUUCAAAUACGUCUUCAUGUGAUUCCUCCACCCCAUCGUCGCCUGCAUUGCUCGGACUUCAUGACAUUCAUCAAAGUUCAUCGCCUUCGCCAAUUAUUCAUGUGACAAGUUUUAGAUUCCCUGAUGUAGCUAAUGGUACAAAUUUUAGUUAUGGGACCCCUGAUAUAACACAAGUAGAUGCUGACUUGCCCGAUGAUGAAGAUAAUGACAGAACCCUAGGUGAUCUAUGCAUACAAGUUCCUGAAAUCCAAUGGCCAACAAAGAGUCCUAGGUGCCUAAGAGAUGUUGUAAAUACGACAACUUCAAAUGACAGUGAUAAAACAAUAGUAGAUAGUGUUGGGUCUAAUGGAUCAGGUGAUAAAGCUCCGCCGGAGAGACUCGAUUCCAUGGAUAUACCUGAUGAUGGGACAUGUUCUUUUAUCAGGGUCAAUAGUAUAUCUGUAGCGUUACGAGAAUGGGACAUCCCCUAUGAAGAGUUGAAUUUAGGGGAACCAAUUGGUACUGGAAGGUUUGGUUGUGUGUACAAGGGCAACUGGCAUGGGGAUGUGGCCGUGAAGAUGUUAAACAUGGACAGCGACUUGGAUAAUGAAGCCCAGCUCUCUGCAUUUAAACUUGAGGUGGCAAUGUUGAGGAAAACACGACACGAAAAUUUAGUUCUUUUUAUGGGUGCUUGUAUGAAACCACCACAUUUAGCUAUAGUUACUAGUUUAUGUAAGGGGGCAUCAUUAUUUACACAUAUACACUUACGAAGGGAGAAAUUCCCAAUGAAUCGAACUGUGAUAGUAGCAUCGCAAAUAGCACAGGGUAUGGGGUAUCUUCACGCAAAAGGAAUAAUUCACAAAGAUCUGAAGACGAAAAAUAUAUUCUUGGAGACCGGCAAAGUGGUGAUCACUGAUUUUGGUCUAUUCAAUGCAACUAAACUCUGCCAAGGCAAUAGGAAAGGUAAUUGGCUGAGUAUACCUCCAGGGUGGUUAUGCUACCUGGCACCUGAGAUAGUGCGCUCAUUACAGGCCGGCCCAAAUCAUGAUUUGCCUUUUAAAGAAUAUUCAGACGUUUACGCAUUUGGGACCCUCUGGUAUGAGCUGCUGAGUGGAGAGUGGCCUUUCCCUAAUCAGCCGCCAGAGUCGAUCAUUUGGCAAGUUGGUAAGGGCAUGAAGCAGUCCCUUAGUCACAUACAGGCUUCCAGGGAUGUCAAGGACAUUCUCAUGGUGUGUUGGUUGUAUCAACCAGAAUCCAGACCAGACUUCAGUCAAAUCCUGAAGUGUCUCGAGCGUCUGCCGAAGAAAAGGUUACUCCGAAGUCCGUCUCAUCCUAUCCAGUUAUCAAGAAGUGCAGAAUCUGUGUUCUAGGGAGUCAUACGGGUCAAAUCGAUGUUGUCAAUUGAAGCGCACAUCCUGUGGAUCUCAGUAGUUGUUGUGGAUGGCAAAAUAGGGACAGCUAUAGGUAAUAGAUAGUUUGUCCUGUCCUUUUAGGUGGUUAGAUGCAGUUGAUGUGCGAGUUGUAUUAGUGUUAAUCUCCUUUAGUAGCUCACUCAGCACGUGAGCAAGUAGUGAUUUUCACAAGUUAUGGACAAAGUUUUUACAAGGUUUCAACUCAGAAAGGCCGUCACUUGUGAAAGUCAUGCUUUUAAACUGGGCCAAAGGUUCACAGAUGAAUACCACGAAUGGUAAGAUUCAAGAAUAUUCAGAAUUUUUAUUAGAUUGCUGAGCAGAUGUCUACAGGAUGUGUCAACAAAUGUUGCUUUUUGGUAACAAAUUGCCUCUUUUAUCUUCUGUAAGGUGAAAUGGGAAGGCUGGCUUUCCACUGUGUUCUAUUCACAAUUCUGAAGGUGUGAAUACAGAACAGUGGAAGGGGCUAGAUUUCCCUCAUUUGACCAGCUAGGUCCAACACUACAAGCAGUUGUGGAAAUCAUGUGUUUCUGUUGAUAUAUCAGUAAAGAAAUAGCUUGGUGUAUUCCACAUGUUACCCCAGGUACAUGUAGAUUAUGGCUGAUUCAAGCAUGACUUGAAGAGGUGAAAGAAUUUUGUGUAAUAUGAUGUUCUCAGUGCUUUGAAGUUGUGUGCACCAUGUUUAUUCUUUGAAUAAAGACCAUGGGUUGGCAGAAGUCAGACCAAAAUUUCAAGAUUUUGCAUCCAGUGACACAUGCGCAUUGAUAAACCAUAAUCAGGGGACACUAUAAAUUCAUGUGUGCGUGCAACCAGAUGCAACAUUUGGAAAUUUUUGUUCAAAUUUCUACCGAGCGUGUUGCUGACUCAAAGGCCUCAAAUGAGUUGUUAAGUACGUCAAUUAAUGCCCAUAUGGUGCUAUUAAUGAAUUGAUUUCCAUCUUAUAUCGCAAAAAUGUCACUUCCAGUCCUAUAGCUUUUGGUAGUAUCAAAAACACAUUACUUCUUUGAAGUACAUGUACUAUUAUUUUGGUAGUAUGGAUAUCUUUGCUAUCAUACAGUAAGUCAGUAGCGAUGAUUAUAAUGAUAUCUUAAGGUUUCUCCUCCAAAAUGGAAGUUACAAUGUGAACUAUAUGAGGAGAUUUCAUUGCUGCCUGGCUCGUAUGAUUGUCACUAUACCUCAUGGGAGGACUCGUGGCAAAAUUAGCCACCCUGGUCAAAUCACUGUAGCGACAAAACCUGGUGGUUGGCCUUGGAAUUAUCUCUACUCAAGAGAAGGUGCAUGCCUCACUUCAAUGUGAGAUAUUACUCUUUGCCUCUCACAUGUCGAUGUGCUAAACAUCAGCGUAAUAUUUGGCGAUCUCACAAUAUUAUUGAGAAAAGUUUAACUGCGAUGAUGAUAUUCUUCUGCAAUGUUUCUAAUGCAUUGUUUAUGAAUGUACAUUUUGUAUAAUGAAACUAGCUAUUGUACAUAUUAUGAUUUGGCUGAAAGUGUACAUUUCAUUGAGGCCUGUCAACUUUGAAUCAACUUUGUAUGAAGUAAGUGUAUGGUGUGAUAGAAAAUAUUCGCUUCGGUUCUUCUUUUUUAACCCUUUCCCAUUUAAAAAGUUGAUCUGAGACUUAUCUGCGAGCAUUUCACCUGGUUUAAACUUGAUGAUUGGGUAGGGGCAGUGUUGGGGGAGGGGAGAAUGUCAAAGCAUUGGGGAUGACAGCGAGUGUCAAAUUUGGUAAACAUGGGUAACAUAACCUUUUUCAGAUCUACAGAGCUUUAUCAUGAAACUUUCAAGGGUUGAUGAGUGUCGUAUUUAAAAGCUCUAAUGCUGAUAUUUUUGGCAUAAGGCUCCAAGUUCUUUUUGAAUUGAGAAAGGAUUAAAACAGUUGUGAUAACUGGUACCAAGUGGAGGUGCAUGUAAUGUAUACACUUGUAAAUACCAAUAUUUUGUGGGAGAACCAUCAAAUUCAAAACUUUGAUCUGAUCUGUUUUACCAGGUUGUAACAAUUGUCACAUUAUUUGCACCGGUCAGUAGAACUUAAUCAUUGGGUUGUGGUCAGAUGACUGGUCUUGAGGUAAUGAUGGUCCUUUUGUUUUCUCUGAUCAACCACUUUUGAUAUUGAUAGCCUUGUAAAAGAGAUGUUUCAUAUUUUAUUCCCUGCAGUUUGCCGUCACCUCUGUCACAUGGUGCCACAGUAUCUUCGUGAGUGGAGAUGGUGUGAAAUUGCCCAGAUUUCUAACCGGGAAAUCAUGCGCAACAUCUGUAACGAUUGAAAUUUAAUCAGACUUGAUGUAACUUAAGUUAGUCCUCCAAUAUCUUUGUAAAUGCACUGGAUGUCUAACCCCCUACUUGUCUCUCUUGCUCAAUUUAAGCUGCAUUUCUUGUUGACAGAUUCUGUACGAGUUUGUAGAAUCCAGUUGCAAAACAUAUUGACUGAAUGUUUGGCUUGCUCUGGGCUACGUGAAUCAGUUUUAAUUGUAUUGGGCUUUAGGGGGAUUUAACUAUGCCCUAUAAACUCUAACAUUGGUGUAAUGCAAGCUGAAGGUCAGGAAUGUUCACACUUCUGUUAAGGAAAUACUGGUUGAUAAGCAUUGCUGAGAGGUCACCAGACACAUCUCAGAGUGACCGACCUAUAAGGACUUGGGGAAAUUUGUAAACAGAAUUUGAAUUGAAAAUGUUCAUUACAAAUGAAAGGGAUGAUGUACAAGUAAUUGAUAUAGAUCUGUAAACAUGAAAUGCAAUAUUUUUCAUCCUUGUCCACUGCAAUGCUGUGAUAUGGUAGCUAGGAGAGCAGACAAGUGAAGUUCAUUUCAUCCAAACAUUGCCACAAUCACAACUGCAUAAUUCAUAGGAAGCCGUACAUUGUGCACAAGAUGUUGAGGUGAACGUUAAGAUGAAAGUGUCUAUAGAGUGAGGUAGAAAUCUUGUCUUGGCAUCAGUGUAGAUAAGAAUAAAAAAGGACUGCGCCUUGGUUGGUUUUGUAUAAAAGCUAUCUUCAAAACUUAAAUGUAUAAUCUCAUUGGUGCUGUAGUUGCAAGUACAGUUUAUAACAUUUCUUGACUGACGUGUGGAAUUGCACGGAUGUGACAAGUGGAAAGUUACAGUCCCAAGAUUUUUAUAUAGGGACAACAUUUCUGUCUCCACAUGUGUUGGUGUUGAGGUGAAUUUGCAGUAAACGACUGGAGAAGUUUGCUCUGCUAGAGCUAUAUCCAGGAAUUAAUCAUGGCACACAGUAAAUAUUUGACAAUUCACAGUGAAUCAGCCAGAAAUUUAAAAAAAAUUAUGUAUUGAAAAUAUUGAUAGCUCCUAAAAAAAGUGUGUAUGAUGUGCAUUGGAACUGGCCAAUAAAGCUGUCCUUUGGUUUUGUGGGGCCAUAGAUGAGUAUGCAUUGAAUAGGGUGGGAUUUUAUUGUCUCUGCAUAAACUGCUAGAAUGAAUUUGCCUUGCAGUACCUGAAUGAUACAGUGGAGUCUUUGUCCUCUUCAGUUGAUCUGCUAAGAAAUAGGCAAUGGUUAUGGGUAAUAGAAUCUAAACACACUCAUGUGCAAACAUAGAUUGGUCAAAAUGAAAUCGUAUACUCUUAUGACUCUUCCUGUUGGAAGUUCUGGGAUAUUUUAGAAUACAUUUUUUUCCUGCAGACUUACUGCAGUGAGAGUGAUGGUUACAUGUGAUGUUUUCUGCAUUCCUUAUCCUGGAUAUAAUUCACACACUGUGCUCUUACGAAGUCUCAUCAAUGUGACUGAGACAAGGAAUAACAUUUUCACUAAUUAGAUAUAUGUGCAAUAUGUAGAGCUCUGAGCAUGUAAAUAUUUAUUGAAAUAAAAACCUUGGUCAAAAUGAAA